ACGGCGUGCGCGCCAGUGUGUACAGCGUUCUCCGCAUCUCACCCGGCCCCAUCUGUUCAAAGGGCCUGCGUGCGCGUGGCCACAGAAGUACCCACCCCUCGCGCUGAACAUGGCUCGCCUCAGGGAACUGGUCGAUAAAGCCUCGCGCAGCAGUAGCAGCAAGGGGCACGAUAGCGCCGCAGACGGCGCAGAGGACGAUGGCACGCCUUUGCCAUCUAGCGAGGAGAUUGUCGAGCUGCUCAAACAUCUGCAGUUCCUCAAGGACAGACUCGUCUCAUACAGAAAGCUGCUUCAUGACCACAAAGACAGCUUGGCUGCAUCGACCCCAGAUGGUGCAGCGGCCAAGAGCAGCAGGGAGGCAGCGGCAGCUGGAGCUGGAGCGGUAGGACAAGGGAAAACUGCAGCUUCAGCGGUCCCAUCGAAACCGGCUGCUCCAGAUGGGCCCACACCGGUAAAAUUGACCUCAGUGCAGGCGCCUCUAAAGAGCAGCAAGCCUGGCGUCUCCAAGGCGUCUGGGGCUUCGAGUACCACCGGCCCGAACACCCCAGUUGCAACAGCAGCCAGCAGCAGUAGCCUUCAAAAGCCGACCAUGGAUAUCGCUCCCACCAGCAUAGCAACCUCCACCUCUGGGUCUUCUGCGUCGAAGCCACUUGCUGCACCUUCUAUCCCGCGCAUCCUACCGCGCAUCAAAAUCAAGCGAGAUGCAUCGGCCACACCGUCCGAUUUUGCUGACAAGCUCCCUGCCUCUGCGGCAACAGCCAAUGCGAACGGAAUGUCUGGCAGCCCGGGGGAUACGAUGGACUGGGAGGCCGAUUGCGCGUCUGCCAAGCUGGGUAAGGCGUACGCCAAGCUGAAAGGACAACCGAUGUUCAUGAAGAGGAAGCGUAGUAGAGAGUCGGAAGACGAGGCAGAUACGGCGUCAGAGACGGCCAGUGCUGCGGGGGACUCGAGCAUGUCUGUUGGGCCAAGACUCUCUUUGCAGGGCCUCAAGCUUCGUGCUUCCCCUGCCGUCUCAGCUCUGAACAGGCGUGCGCAUGAUUCUCCCGGUGUGUCGAGCAUGCAUCCGCAACGGCGGUCCAGCAUGAUGCCGCAAGCGCCCGCUGCACCGCCCGUCUACGACCCGGCAUGGGCUCUACCCACGGUGACUGUAGACAGCCUGAUGCCAAAGCUAGCCACGACGCAGGCGCCACGGCCCUAUGCGACCAAGCCGGAAGAUGUGCAUGAUGACUUUGCAACAAAGGACUGGCGCGAGCGCGACAGAGAGCGUGAUCGGGAGGGAGGGGCAAAUGGUCAAUCGCAAGGGACCAAAGAGGGCAAGAAGGGCAAAGAGCAGAGCCAGGUCCCGCUCAACACCUUUUACUCUUACGCGGAUGGGUACUUUAAGAGCUUGACCGAAGAUGACCUUGCAUGGCUUUCCAGCCAAACGGAUGACUUGGAGCCAUUCCAGAUUCCACCACUAGGGCGCUACUACCGCGAAGUCUUCGAAGCCGAGGACGCCGCGCAGACAGGGCCGGACGGGAUCCCGCUCGUGCCUGCAGUCGUACCGCCGCUCAGCCCGCCCAAAGCGAGCCCAUACAACACGCGUUUCGUCCCGUCGUCCUUGACCGACAAGCACCUUGGUUCUGCGGAUGAUGCCAAGAGUGGUCUGCUCACGGAGCGUGUCGUCGCCUCGCUCUUAAGGACCACGAAUGGCGGCCUUCCCCAGGUGCCAGAGGGAGAUGAAGAGGACGAUGCGGAGAGUGCCCCGUCGCUGACGACGACGGCGGCGCCAACGUUGCCCAGCAUGCAGCAGGACACGCUUGCUUUCGAGGACAAGCUCAAGGCAGAGCUCAAAAUGUUGGACCUAUUCGACGAAGCAGCCGUCAACUCCGGGCAGCGGCAGGACGACGAAGUCUCUGCGAUGCUCCGCAAGGUGCAAGAAGCGUUGCGCAAGCAGAUGCGCGUCAACGAGGCGCGCAAAGCGCGGCUGUUCGAACUCGCACGCAGCCGGAUGAGCUACCAAGAAUACAUAACGUGUCUCAAUACGUUCGAGCGCGACAUCGAGGCGGGUUGGAACAAGCGCCAGCGGCAGAUCCGGGCCAGUGUGCAACGUAAGAAGAAAGGCGGCGGUGGCGGGACGAGCUCGCAAGCGGCAGCGGCCGAUCAAGUUUCCGCCGGCGGAGCAGUCCCCUACGGCGAGCCAGGAGCCGCAGUGGUCGGGGGCUCGGCGGGCGCGGGCGCGGGCCCAUCAAAACCUGUACUGCCUGACUCGGUCAUCUCUGCGAUGGAGAAGCGGCGCAAGUUGAUCGAUGCUCUCGGCCCCAUGUUCGACCGGUUGCCGCUGUCGUGGCAGCCGCCGCCCGAGGGCGAGUCGGUGUAUACAGACCUCGAUUUGGAAGAUGUAUAAUAUUUGGUACUCAGUGCUUGCG